CGUAAUCGACCGAUCAUGAUGACAGAGGGCGCUGAUUGUGAUGAUAGUGGCAAAGCAGCAGGGCGAGAGGUGGACGGACAGCAACAGCAGUCGCCACAGCAGUCGCAGCAGUCGCAGCAGUUGCCACAGCAGUCGCAGCAGCCACGAUCAGAGCAGCAGUCGCAGCAAUCAAAGAAGAGGCAUGGAAACGCGGAGAGUUUGACGGAUGAUGAACGGGAGCAAUUGACGGCAUCCCAUGCCCUGAUCGCCUGUACUUUUGGAGGCGCACAUCCGUUGGAUGCGCCGCAAUCCGUGAGCGAGAUCACGCGGUGCACGCUGCGGGCGUUUGGUGGUGAGCCCUCCACGGGUUCGGCAAGUCGCAGAACAUCCAGCGUGCGCACAGACUCGAACAUCACGUCGCCGCUCGGCGACCUUUCCGUGGGCGAUGCUGUCCAUGAAACAGCCACACAGCAGGUAAAGGAGCGUGCUGAUGCUGACCCCCGUGUCACAGACAAGCAAGCAGCAGAAGAAGCAGAAGUCAAAGUCUCGGCAGAUGAUGCUGCUGAUGAUGACGAUGACAACGGCAGGGAUGUUCAUCGUCCUGGUAGUGAUGGUGAUGGUGAUGCUGAUGAUGAUGCUGAUGUUGUUGACAAUGAUGACGAGGGGGAGGAAGACGAGGCGGGGAUGAGCACGCCACAAAAGCAGCGGAGGCAGCGAGCACAGCAGUCGCUCGAGUGGAUAGGCCAGCCGCUGUCCAUCUCGUUUCCUCGGCUGCUCUUCUCCAACAUCUUCAUUACAGACCGCACCGCAAAGAGGUUCUUCUUCUCCAUUCCCCUCAACCACAUCAUGUUUGUGUGUCGCCCAGACUGCGCCAUGCCGUGCAUCAGCAUCAGCGUCGAUGCAGCGUGGGUCAGGACACACAUCCCCGAGACCAUCGUCGACAGCCCGGCGGCACCGAGUCAGGAAUCCAUCAGCAGCCCUGGAAAGGCGUCCACGGACAUUGCUGGAUAUGCGCUCGUGUUUCGCCUGUCGACAGGCGCCGACGUGGACCUUGCCCUCUCCCUCACAAACCGCAGCUUCAGCGACUUUGUCUCAUACAACAAGUUUGUUGCUGGAGAGCGGCGGGAGGAUGGCACGCCAUAUCCGUGCCCGUUCCAAUACCGCGUGGGCAUCAGCAUCGGCAUGGCUGAGCUCGACGCGCGUGGCAACCAGUUCUUCUGUCCCUUCACAAAGGGGGCGUUCAAGACGCGAGCCGAGCGCGACCGGCGGAUAUGGCUGUCGCUGCGGCACCUCAGCCACCAGGACACCAGCCCCUUUGUCAGCGUCGCCAGGGUCGGCAUCACCUGCACGGGGCCGUGGCUCGACAUUGAAGAGGACGGUGUUACCUGGCUCCAAGAGUGCGACCGGGACACGAGCGACCCCAACGCCAUCAUCACCGCUGUUCGAUGGCCCCGCGAACACUCCAGCCUCGCCGUCUCACACGAUUCAUCGUGCACCAUAUCACUGUUUGUUGACAUUCACAUCCUCGGUGUCCCAAAGACGUUUCGCUUCACGACAGAUGUGCAGGCUCGCACGGUGAAGGCUACAGACCGCAUCUGGGUGCAGGGCAAACGCGAAGCGCUCAAACACGAAUAUGCGCUGUCGUUGGCGUGCCAGCGCGGUGGCCACGACAUUGACGCCGUGCGUGUGUUGGAUCUUGUGGAGCAGCCACGAUCCGCAAAGGCAUCGUACAUCGAACGCCUCAACAAGGUCAUGAAGACACUCGUGGACACGAAAGGAGAAGACGAAGAGGAGGAGGAGGAGGUUGAUGACGAUGGUGAUGAUGGCGAUGAUGAUGAUGGCGAUGGUGAUGGCGAUGGUGAUGGCGAUGGUGCAGAGAACGGAGAAACGAAGUCGCGUGUCGUGCUCUCAGGACAGGGCCACGUGGACCGGACCAUGACGGACGAUGCGAUUGCCAUCUGGUCGAAUGCGAUUGUCAAGUGGGAGUCGCUGUCGCCGUCCCGCCUCCUCUAUCUCGCCCGCCGCGGAAUCCCAGACGUCAUGCGCAAGGAGGUGUGGAUGCGGCUGGCCCAAGCGCACGACGACGUGUUGGAGGAGCAAUACCGCUACUUCCUGACGCAACCGUGUGGUUCUGAAAACGUCAUUGAAUGGGAUUUGGAACGCACGUUUCCUGCCCAUCCACACUUUCAAGAGAAGGACGGGCCUGGCCAGACCCAACUUAGACACUUGGGCCAUGCGUAUGCGGUGUUUGAUGACGAGAUUGGAUACGUGCAGGGCCUCUCCUUCAUCUCGGCCGUGCUCCUCCUGCAUCUGCCCGAGGAAAUGGCGUUUCUUGUGCUCGUGAGCAUGAUGCGUGAGUACGGUGUUCGCGAUCUGUACAAGGAAGGAUUCGAGAACCUCAACCUCAGAUUCUACCAGCUGCGGCGGUUGAUGGAGGACAACAUCCCCGAUGUGCACGCCCACUUCCAGUCCAUGAACCUCGAGGUGCACAUGUUUGCGUCACAGUGGUUCCUCACCCUCUACGCAACCAAGUUUCCGCUGAAUCUCGUGUUCCGCAUCUUCGACGUCUUCUUCGCUUCGGGCAUGAACGCCGUGUUUCAGAUUGCAAUUGCGCUGUUGAAAUUCGUCAAGAAAGACAUUAUGGCGAUGGAGUUUGAGGAAGUGCUGUCGUUCUUCCGGCACGAACUGCCGCUCCUGUUUUCGGCCGAGGACCAAGUCAACAAACUCAUCAACAUGUCCGCAAAGAUCAAGGUGACGGCCCACCGCCUUGCGAAAUACGAGCGCGACUAUUUGGAGGAGAAAGCGCGCGAAAUGGAGGCACAGGAUCCGCUUCAGUAUCUGCGGACGGAGAACGACAAGUUGAAGCAGACAAAGGCGGAGCUUGAGAUGGAGAGCGCCAGCUUGACCCAGAAGCUCAUCGACUUGCAGACGAAAAUGAAUCGACAGAUUGAAGCGCGCGAGAAAUCCAUGGCCCAGCUGCAAGAAAAGAACGAAACGCUGGCGCUGCAUCUGCACCGCGUGAAAUCGCACGCGGACACGGAGACGGCGCAGUUGCGGGAGGAAGUGGUGAACAUCAAGGACAUGUACAGGGACACGCUCGACAAGGCAGACAGGGAGCGUCUGGAGCUCACGCAGCAGAUCAAGCAGAUUGAACUGCAGAGGAUUGCGGAGAAUAAAACCAAGGACAGGCGCAUCAAUGAGCUUGAAGAGCAGGUGCGCAAGCUGGAUGCGGUGGCUGCUGUGUCGACGGCAACAGAAGACCUGGUCUCGCUUCAGCGCCGCGUCCACGAUCUCGAGGUCGAGCUGGCAGAGACGAAGCUGCAGCUCGUCGAGGCAAACUGCAACACCCAGGUGAGGGCGUGGGGUGGUGGCGGCGGUGGUGUUGUUGUUGUUUAA